UUUGGCUCCAUUACCAAAUCCACCGAGCUGAGUUUCCUUCCGAAUCUUUCCAAGCGUCACCGUGAAACGGUCAAUACGCAAGCAAUCGCAAUUACAAUUAAAAACGCCACCACCUUCCUAUAAAACUCCGUUAAUACAUAAAAGAUCAGCUCCUUGAAAUUCAGACCCAGAGAGAGAGAGAGAGAGAGCGAGAGAGAAAGUGGUAGUAGUUAGCAGACCAGAAAAUGGGCAGCAGCGGAAAGGGCCUGACAGUUCUGGAAGUGGGAGCCGAUGGCGUGGCUCUCAUCACCAUCAUCAACCCACCUGUCAAUUCCCUCUCAAUCGAUGUGUUAUUCAGCUUGAAAGACAGUUAUGAGGAGGCCUUGAGAAGAAAUGAUGUGAAAGCGAUUGUUGUAACAGGUGCUAAAGGAAAAUUUUCGGGGGGUUUCGAUAUUACUGCUUUUGGUGGACUCCAAGAGGGGCAGAAGCAGGAGCCGAAGCCCGGUUUUAUAUCCGUGGAGGUUAUCACUGACAUUGUUGAAGGUGCUAGGAAACCGUCAGUUGCCGCCAUUGAUGGCCUUGCACUGGGGGGAGGUUUGGAGGUGGCAAUGGCAUGCCAUGCCCGAAUAUCGACUCCUACUGCACAAUUAGGGUUGCCCGAGCUGCAGCUUGGGCUCAUUCCUGGAUUUGGAGGAACGCAACGGCUUCCACGUCUUGUUGGAAUCUCAAAGGCACUUGAAAUGAUGCUGACAUCAAAACCAGUCAAAGGGGAAGAGGCUCAUGAUUUAGGCCUUGUCGAUGCUAUUGUUUCACCUGAUCAGUUGGUGAGCACUGCACGUAGGUGGGCGUUGGAUAUCCUGGAGCGUAGAAGACCGUGGGUUGCUAGUCUUCACAAAACUGACAAGUUAGAGCCCCUUGGAGAAGCUAGGGAAAUACUUAAAUUUGCAAGAGCUCAAGUCCGGAAGCAGGCUCCCAAUCUCAAACACCCAUUGGUUUGUAUUGAUGUUGUUGAGGAGGGUAUAGCUUCUGGUGGUCGGUCUGGACUUUGGAAGGAGGCUGAAUCAUUUCAAGGACUUCUGCGGUCUGACACUUGCAAGAGCUUAGUCCACGUCUUCUUUGCUCAACGUGGAACAUCAAAGGUACCUGGGGUUACUGAUCGUGGUUUGAUGCCUAGACGAGUGACUAAGGUUGCUGUCAUUGGUGGAGGGUUAAUGGGAUCUGGAAUAGCUACUGCAUUGAUUCUUAGUGGUUAUCCGGUGAUCCUGAAAGAAGUAAAUGAUAAGUUCUUGCAGGCUGGGAUUGGUAGAGUCAGAGCCAAUCUGCAGAGCCGCGUCAAGAAGGGGAAAAUGACCCAAGAAAAGUUUGAGAAGACGACCUCUAUUCUUAAGGGUGUCCUGGAUUAUGAUAGCUUUAGAGAUGUGGAUAUGGUCAUAGAGGCCGUUAUUGAGAAGGUUUCUCUAAAGCAGCAGAUUUUUGCUGAUCUUGAAAAAUAUUGCCCACAACACUGCAUACUCGCAAGUAAUACUUCUACAAUUGACUUGAACCUCAUUGGAGAGAAAACCAAGUCUCAUGAUCGGAUUAUUGGUGCCCAUUUCUUUAGUCCGGCACAUGUCAUGCCACUUCUGGAAAUUGUUCGUACUAAUCAGACGUCUCCCCAAGUUAUUGUUGAUUUGCUAGAAGUUGGGAAAAGAAUAAAGAAAACCCCAGUGGUUGUUGGGAAUUGCACAGGAUUUGCUGUGAACAGAAUGUUCUUUCCUUAUACACAAGCUGCUCUCUUGCUUGUUGAACGUGGUGCCGAUGUUUAUCAGAUUGAUAGGGUAAUCACCAAAUUCGGAAUGCCUAUGGGCCCAUUCAGAUUGGCUGAUCUGGUUGGGUUUGGCGUGGCAAUUGCAACUGGCACACAAUUUAUUGUGAACUUUCCUGAGCGGACAUAUAAAUCAAUGCUAAUCCCUUUGAUGCAGGAGGAUGGGAGGGCAGGUGAAACUACUCGAAAAGGGUUCUAUACUUAUGAUGACAGGCGCAAAGCUAGCCCAGAUCCUCAGUUGAAAGGAUAUAUUGAGAAGUCAAGGAGCAUUUCGGGUGUUUCCAUAGAUUCUAAGCUACUGAAGUUAUCAGAAAAGGACAUUGUUGAGAUGAUAUUUUUCCCUGUCGUAAAUGAGGCAUGCCGGGUGCUUGCUGAAGGCAUUGCUGUGAAAGCUGCCGACCUUGACAUUGCUGCAAUUAUGGGCAUGGGUUUCCCACCAUACAGGGGAGGUAUCUUGUUCUGGGCUGAUUUACUUGGAUCCAAAUACAUAUAUUCACGAUUGGAGGAAUGGUCAAAUACUUAUGGUGAAUUUUUCAAGCCUUGCGCCUAUUUAGCUGAAAGAGCUUCAAACGUGGCUUCUCUGAGUUCUCCGUCGAAGCAAUCAAAAUCUCGGUUAUAAGAAAGUUUCCAGUUGCAUUCGAAUCCACGGUUACGAUUUUCUUCAGUCCCAAGUAUCAAUUUCCUUUCCAUGGUAUGAAAGGAUGUGUAACAAGUGAGCGUGGGGAUAAUUAUCUUUGGAAUAAGGGGUAGGCAGGAUAUAAUUAUUCACAGAUGGUUUCAAAUCGAGUUCACAUUGGGUUUUCUUCCUGAAAAGGGGAAUUUGUUUUGUGUCAUAUUCUUACUAAUUAAUUUUAGUAGUAGAAUUCUGUA